AUGCAUAUUGGCUUCCCAUUAGAUCCAGUGAUCGACGAUCUGGGCCGCCUACGGCGAUUACGAAUUGGGCAAGAACGAAGACGUACGGAACUGAUCAAACGGCUCAAUCAACUGUAUGUUGCACUGGGGACAAGAAGAACACAAGUUCGUGAUGAAUGGAAGCGACGGUAUUACACGGCCAAGAGGCAAGCGCCCAUUCUGGAGGAUCGCAUGAAAGACCAUCGUGAGGUUCUGGACAAAAUGAUGCGUCGAGCCGCUGCUAGCAUUCGCCGAAGCUAUCCGGACUCACGUGAGCACCAAGAACUUGCAUCGGCAAUAGAAAAGCGACGCGAGGUCACCCAGGACGAAUACAAGCUGGCCGAGGUGAUGCUGGCGCUGACCAAAGCGAUCAAGCUCCGAACACAGGCCGAACACGAAGGUCGUGUGCUUGUGGCUGAACUGGAUCGAAGACGAGGUGAAGUGAACUUGGUGAAAUCCACCUCUCCAAACCGCCGGUCGUACGUGUUCUCAUUGUCACCGCGUCGGCAGACAACGGGCAAGUUUGGGUCACAGCCUUUGAAAGUUAAAGGAAGGUUUCAACCUGGCGCCACCCCACGCAAAUCCUAUUUGGGUAGUAUGAUCAAACUACCACCUGUUAAGAAUUUACCAAGCCAAAGAACUAGAAGCCAGCCCGCAGCGCUUCUCCAAACAGACUCUGAAGAGUCGAAUGGGGCAGACCAAGUGUUUCCGAGAUCCAACGAUCUAACCGUAUUCGGUAAGGCAUCCAGUGAUUCGACAAGUACGUCGGCUCUUUCGCAACUCGACAGAGAGUGA